UCAAAAACAGUCUAAAAAGCGCAGCUUAAUGACCUUUACGCCGGAAAUAAAGACUUGAAAAGGCGACGUUGUUUGAAGGAGACAGUUUAUUCACAUGUAGCACAAACAUGUCGAGAAAUGUGAGAAUGUGGAUUUUCGGUGGUUUUAUCACCACUGUCGCCGCUGCUUUUUACCCAAUUUUCUUCCACCCGUUCACACACAAAGAGGAGUACAGAGAAGUCCAGAAGAUGAACCGAGCAGGAAUCAACCAGGCAGAUGUUCAGCCUGUGGGUGUGAAGAUCUGGUCUGAUCCUUUCAAACCUAACAACAAAUGAUUUAAAAAUGUCCUGCAACACGCUGGUGUUUGGAUGAAGAGAACAUUUUUAUUCCAUGUCUAAUUAAAGUGUGUGAGUCAACAGAGUUCUGAUGUAAAUACUAUUCCAUGUCUGUCUUAUUAAUAAAAAAAAUAAAAAUGUAUAAACCGGACAUUGCA